AUGUGGGAAGUUUUCAAGCAAGUGAAGAUUAACUUGCCCCUCUUGGAUGCUAUCAAGCAAAUCCCUCCCUAUGCAAAAUUUCUCAAAGAUUUGUGCACUCAAAAGUGCACUUCUAAAAAUCAUUUGCCAAAAAAAGUGAGGUUGACUGAAAAUGUUAGUGCUAUCAUUCAGCACAGCACUCCCCCGAAGUAUAAGGAUCCGGGUGCCCCCACAAUCUCGUGCGUCAUUGGUGACAGCAAAAUCGAGAGGGCCCUCCUUGACUUAGGAGCUAGUGUGAAUUUAAUUCCAUACUCGGUCUACCUACAACUUGGUUUAGGAGAUCUUAAGCCGACUUCCGUGGUUUUGCAACUUGCCGAUAGAUCGGUCAAGCAUCCACGAGGUAUUCUCGAGGACGUUAUCAUCAAAGUGGACAAAUUCUACUUCCCGGUAGAUUUUGUGGUUCUUGAUACGGAAUCGGUCCAUGACCCAAAAAAACACAUUCCCGUGAUCCUUGGUAGGCCAUUUUUAGCCACGGUUAAUGCAUCAAUUAAUUGCCGAACCGGGGUGAUGGACAUUGCUUUUGGAAACAUGCAAGUCAAACUCCACAUCUUUCAUGCAACUCAACAUCCCUCCAAUGAGGAUGAUUGUUUUCUUGUGGAUGUCAUCGAUGAAGUGGUCGAAGAAUCUCUCCCCUUCAUCCUAAGCAAAGAUCCCCUUGAAACUUGCAUGUCCCAUUUUGACUUCUCAAACUUUGAUGUUGAUCAAGCCAUUCAAGAAGUCAAUUCCUUUCUUGAUAUUAAUGCUAUCAUGGAUGUACCUCCUUGGAAAAUUCCAAAAGAACCACUUCCCCAACAUUCCACCACUCCUCCGGUCCCAUCAUUGUUAUUUCCGCCACAACUUGAGCUUAAGCCGCUCCCGGCCCAUCUCAAGUAUGUGUUCCUUGGUCCAAAGCAAACCCUUCCGGUCAUUAUUGCCUCGGACCUUCGAAAAGACCAAGAGGGCAAAAUUCCAGCUCAUUGGUCCAAACAAGAGAGGGACCGGUUUUUCUCCCAAGUUAAGCAUUUCUUUUGGGAAGAUCCGGAACUAUUCAAGUAUUGCCCGGACCAAAUCAUCCGGCGAUGUAUUCCUGAAACCGAGGCUUACCGGACAGCUUAUAAGACACCCAUUGGCAUGUCACCAUAUCGACUUGUCUUUGGCAAAGCAUGUCAUCUCCCGGUAGAAUUAGAGCACCGUGCUUAUUGGGCCAUAAAAAGGUUCAAUUUUUCACUUGUUCUUUCAGUGCCAAUUUGUCAAGCCCUUGUGGGCAUUUCUUCAAGCACGCUGCGGCUUUCAUAUUCAACCAUCCUCAUGGCCAGAGCUGAUCAAUUGGGCAGCACAUCACUGGAAGGGAAACUCGAAUUACAAUAG